AUGCAGGAACAUGUGAAAGUUGUUGCUAUAUAUUGCGAUGAAGAUAAAGUUAAACGUGCAGGACCUGGUGAGAAUUUGAGAGUUCGUAUUACUGGUAUAGAAGAUGAGGACAUCCUCUCAGGUUUUGUCUUAUCCAGCACUGUGAAACCUGUCCCUGUUGUUACUGAGUUUGUAGCCCAACUACAGAUCCUUGAGCUGCUUGACAACGCUAUUUUUACAGCUGGUUACAAGGCAAUUCUCCACAUCCAUGCGGUGGUUGAGGAGUGUGAGAUAAUCGAAUUGAAAAGCCAAAUUGAUCUCAAGACAAGGAAACCCAUGAAAAAGAAAGUUUUGUUUGUGAAGAAUGGUGCUGCUGUCGUUUGUAGAAUCCAGGUUACGAACUCCAUCUGUAUUGAAAAAUUUGCGGAUUUCCCUCAACUUGGAAGAUUCACUCUACGAACUGAAGGAAAAACAAUUGCUGUUGGAAAGGUGAUUGAGCUCUCAAGUGCUGCCUCAAGCGCUUGAUCCAAAUUUUGUGAGAGAAAAGGAGACGGCUUUCGGGUUGCACCAAGAGGGAGAUUAGGAGAAUGCUUCAUGAAUGAUUCGGACUAAGAAAUCUGAUUUCCCUAACACCCAAAUCCUAUUCCUUUUUCACAGUGCACAGUUGAGGUUUGAGAUUCACAAGCUGCGGAGAGGUGUAACCUGAGACCAGUUUUUCUUGAUAUUUUAAAGCUAGAGAGAAUUAUGAUGACCAUGAGUGAGAGUUUUCUUGUUUUUUUUUUGUCAAGUUCAAAUUUACAGUUACUAUGACUACCUCCCCUUUUGGCCGACGAGUCUUGGAGAUUGCUAUUUCAUAGUUGAGGAAACACUAUUUGUUCCGUAAUACCUCUUAGUCAAGUUCGGUUUUCUAGCCU